GUGAAAAUGUCUUCAAGUUACUUUCUUCCUCGAAUGAAACGAGAACUAGAGAUCUUGGAACAUGAUCCUCCGCCUGGUGUCGUUUGUUAUCCGGUAGACAGUAAUCUCACACGCUUUUGUGCACAAAUUAAAGGACCCAAAGAUACACCAUAUGAAGAUGGUAUGUUUAAAGUUGACGUCCAAAUUCCCGCACGAUAUCCUAUGGAACCUCCAAGAAUGCAAUUCAUUACACCAAUUUAUCACCCAAACGUUGAUGAUGUCGGUCGUAUUUGCCUAGAUAUUUUAAAGAUGCCACCUAAUGGUUCGUGGAAACCUUCCUUGAAUAUUUCUACUACGUUAACCUCUUUAAGCAUUUUGAUGGCUGAUCCAAACCCUGACGAUCCACUUUUAGUUGAGAUUGCAAGUGAAUUUAAGGAGAACCGGUCUUUGUUUCUUCAAAAAGCAAAAGAAGCUACAUUGAAACACGCAAUGGAGGAUAAAGAUUCAAGUGCACAAUAG